GAAAAAUUUUCGUCCAAAUUGAGUUGGAACGACGCUGCUUCUCGCGUAACAGUGGAAUGAAUCUCACCGACUUUCACAACAAUUAAAAACACUGUUGGAAUUUUUUGUAUAUGAACAAGCUGUUUUUCUAUGGUUAUGAACAAACUUUUUUAAAAUUAUAAACAAGCUGAAAGAGAGAGAUUGUUUUUAGAAUCUCAUAGAUACUGUGAACUGUUCACUACCGCGUGGCCGAACCCGGAACCUCUAAAACUUGAGAGCAUCUGCAGAGAGAAGCUGGAAUCAUGUUUAAGGAGAACAUGCCUUCAAACAAGGAAAUUCCCGACUGCAGCAGGGCAAGCACCUCAUCCUCAGGAGCUGUGAGGUGCUCUCCACACAUCUCCCCUUCUUCCACCACAUCACUUUCUCCAGUUUACACAUCAAGCUCUUCCUCCCCAGCUUCAUCUUCCAUUUCACCCACAUCACCUCAUACACCUCUGCAAAGUCCUCCUACGUCGCCGCCUUCUUUAGUACCUCUACUUCCGCCAACUGUCAGCACCAGCAGCUUAUCUCCGUCUUUAUGUGUCAGGAUUCCAAAUAUCAGAAGCCCGGGCAGCUCUUCUGAUCAGCCUGCUUCAAACCCGUGUGGCAAACCGGUCACUUUUUCGGUACCUUCUCACAAAAGCGCCGUUCCUAGCGAUCUCAUGAAUCUCACUAUACCAAAACGGGCGAAAAGCCCCAAGACUCCUAAAUCACCGAAAUCUCCUUUGAAUCUCAAGGGCUCUUCUCCCGAUGACAGAUUGGGUUGCAAUGCAAUGAAGUUCUUCCCCUCACCCCACUCAGGCAUUCGCGGACGCCAUCCAACGACGUCACACAAUACUCUGAUUAAAAAGGAGCCAUUUUUUCCAGCGGAUAGAUCACUGGCUUUUCCUCCAGUUCCCUCAAUUUCAUCAUUGGCACACAUGAAGAGCAGUCCCAUGAGUAACAACGAUUUGAAUCUUUCGACGGCAAUCAACAAGAUAACAACUAGCAUCAACAGUUACACUGCCAAGCCCUCACUCCAACUUUGCAGCAUCUCUGACCUGCAAGCGUACGCGCAACAUCGUGGACUGACUCCUCAGGAUUCUGGGUCUUCGUCUUCUUCUUUACUUGGAGCAACGAAAAUUCCACCACAGUCUCCCAAUGCUCUUGGACUACCUCCGAUGGCUAAAACCACGCCAACCCCAGUCAGGACGUCGGAACAGAAGUCAUUGUCCCCAGUGCCGGCAUCGUCUGCUUUGUGGAGCUCGGCCUUCAGGAUGGUCAAUCCCUUUGGUCCGUUUUGUGACAGUGACAGCCCCGCAGCGGGAGCCAUGGCUCCGUCCCCCUUGGGGGGAAGAUGGGGGGCCUGGAAUACCCCCUUGUCUGGGGGUCUCCCCCUGCCUCCCCUCGCCACCGUCCCACCUCCCCUCACCAGCCCCCUCAACCUCACCAUCAAGAGACCGCCAGUUUCCCCCGAGAAGGACGAGCCCCUGAAUCUGUCCCUGAAGGGCACCGUCCCCGGGAUCUGGUCGCCGGCGUCGGCGCUGGAGAGAGAGGGUCGCUCCCUCAGUCCCAUGGACACAAACUUUGACGCUGAUGUCAUAAGACAAACUAAAAUUAAUGAAGUUUUGCAGAGCUCACUAACAGUUGGUGUCGAAUCUCCAUCGUCAACUUCUUCGGUGCGCGCUUUCGGUGGCUGGAGUUUGGGUCUUCAGCGCUACGAAGAAUUUCUGAGGCGCAAUUCCACGGCUCGUCAAAGCUUCCACGGCAGCGCGGAAGACCUCAACAAAACAGACCUCGAGGAACACGCCGCGCAGAAGCAAGGAAUGGCUCCAUGGAACUGGGCCUUAUUGGCCAAACAUAAGAUGUCUUUGCAGGGUAGAGAUGACCAUCGUCUUAACGCUGCAUUCACAGAGACUAAUGGACGAGAACAGGAGUUAAUUCAAAGAAACCGGGAGUUGUUAAGACAAGGAAACCUUUUUGGUCAUCAUUCCGACUCUGACCCGCACGAUGAAGAUUCAUCCAUGGAGGCUCGUACUAGAAGAGGCGUUGACAUGCGUGAGGUUGAAGAUACGAACAGGGCAGCAAAUAGGGAUAUUCAUAUGGAUGCCCAAAGGGACCGUAUUCACGAACACCACAGGGAAUACUACCGUCACGAUGCUUUUCAGUAUCUGCGUCCACCCAUUGAUGUCGAGAUGCGCGAUCGGCGUUUGCUGAACGACAUGAUUGCGCAAAGCAGCUUCGAACACAAAGGCUUGACACCAACACAUCUCUCCCCAAGAGAUGCUGCGUCUGCUUCAAGCUCUUCCCCACACUCACACUCACAGCAAUAUUGCCCCGAGGGGGACUGGUAUUCCCCAGCGGCCCCACUCAACUCCCACACGGCAGUCCACAUGUCGUCUGGAUCUCCUAAAGCCGAGAGAAUAUUCCAGUGCAAACAGUGCAACAAGACGUUCAAGAGGUCAUCCACCCUAUCCACCCACCUGCUUAUCCACUCGGACACACGUCCGUACCCUUGCUCCUACUGCGGCAAACGCUUCCACCAGAAGAGCGACAUGAAGAAACACACAUACAUCCACACAGGUGAGAAGCCGCACAAGUGCGUGGUGUGCAGCAAAGCUUUCAGCCAAUCCUCGAACCUGAUCACCCACAUGCGCAAACACACCGGCUACAAGCCCUUCAACUGCGGCCUCUGUGAUAAAGCCUUCCAGAGGAAAGUGGAUUUGCGGCGACACCGAGAAUCUGUUCACCCCAACUGCGAACAUUUGCCGCCUCCGUCCCCCUCUCUCAUGCCCGAACAUCUGCAUCAGGAUAUGACACACGUGAGUCCAAAUGGCAUGGAAUCCAAUUCAGAGUCUCCAAUUCUGCAUAGAAGGCUGAGCGUUCAUCAUAACAGCUUCAAGCCUGAAAUUAUGGAUCCAAGUUUCCCAGACUAUGAAGACCGUCAGCAUUUCAUGGAAAGAGAUGAUGGUAGAUCGCAGCACAGUUUUGGAGGACGGAAACCUCAGUUCAGUGACGUAUCGAGUACCAUGUCUUCGCUGCCCACGACCCGGAAUCUUGUGUCUACGUCGUUCCAACAACAAGUGCCUUCGUCUACCUCUUCGCUUAAUAGUUACGAAGAACGCAUGAACGAUGUGCCCUUGGAUUCGGAUCCCGAAGUGGGCAGUCCUUCUCCCUCGACGAGUGAUCAGCGCCGUCGGGAACACCAUUUUGUAGAGGGGGAUUUACACCUCGUCCAAGACAGGAUCAGGAUUAGCACUGAGCUGGUGUCAGGGAGCCGGAAUCCAACUCAGAUACCGGCAAUGGCCUUGUGAGUGCCUCGUUGGAGUCUCCGUAAAGUUUCUUCACUUUCAAGGUAUCUUCAAUUUUUGAACCUGCCGUAUUUAGCGACGGUUUUACCCCACCAUUUUUGUAGAAGUGGUUCAUAUCAGUUAAGCCUUCGUGUGUGGCUAAUACAA